CGUCACCUACGGAAGUGACCCCCCCCCCACCGUGCCCUCAGACGGGCAACAGAACCGACGACGAUCCUAACUGCACUACCACAUUGUCUUUUUUUCACAAUUUUUGCCAUAUUCUUCUAUCCACAUCGCUUUUUUCUUCCGUUUUUUGUCUGCCUCGUGGAAGAAUUCCCGGAAGUCUUCCAGCCAUGAAUCACAGCUUGAUGCAGAUGAGCCACGACCACCACCAUGAACACCACCCGGGUCACGUCAUGGUGGCCACGCCCAUGCCUACAAAUGGGGGCGGACAUGACCACGGAGGCGGAGCUGCUGGAGGGGGCCAUGGAGGACAUGGUGGACACGAGGGACAUGGAGGCAUGGCAAUGACAUUCUACUUUGGCUAUGAGAAGGUGGAGCUGCUCUUCAGCGGACUUCUCAUCAACUCGCCCGGAGAAAUGGUGGGCGCAUGCCUGGGCGUGUUCCUGUUGGCCGUCCUGUACGAGGGUCUGAAGAUGGGCCGGGAGGCGCUGCUGCGGCGCAGCCAAGUCAACGUGCGCUACAACUGCAUGCCGCUGCCCGGCGCGGAUGGAACUAUACUCAUGGAGACGCACAAGACUGUCGGGCAGAGGAUGCUAAGCCCCUCCCACUUCCUGCAGACGCUGCUGCACAUCAUCCAGGUGGUGGUCAGUUACCUGCUGAUGUUGGUCUUCAUGACAUACAACGCGUACCUGUGCAUGGCAGUGGCAGCGGGCGCGGGCGCCGGCUACUUCCUGUUCAGUUGGCGCAAGGCGGUGGUGGUGGAUAUCACGGAGCACUGUCAUUAGCGAUUUCCCGUCAUUAACACUUCUUGUCAUCAGUUUGUUUAGCUGGCGGAGACGCCGACAAACAUUGCUGUAAGAUGGUUAGCACGAAAACCUUGGGAUGAUUGGAAGUGAGGUCCAACCAAUGCGAUGGGAACUGUAGUAUGUAGCUUGAUUUGCACGCACGAGUCAGCCGCUGAUUUGUGAACGUUUUGAGAAGUGUGCACACUCGUGACAUCAUGUUAGUGGUUAAUUGUGUUAAUUGUGAGUGUUUCUAAAUGUGUUUAUUUUUUUUUGUUUGUUCUCAAGUGCCAUGACAUCAGACGCUAAUGCUAACAACCUGCUCCUAGUUUCAAUGUUAGCUGUUAGCGUAGCAAGCGGCCAUUACACAUUUUAUCCAUUUGUUUAGCAUCUUUGAUACAAUCAGACUGACUACAUUUUCUUGUUUGGUUUUUAGUAUAUGUAAUGAAGAGACGUGAAACCAAAAUGUUUACUUUUUAGGGGAGGUUCUGAAAGGUUAUACGGGCCUUAAAGACACACACUGCCUUAACAGUCUCUAUGUUCAAUGAGACAAAUUGUCUUGUCAAGCGAAGGGACCAAUCUUGAUGGAGAAGAUUAAGAAAGAAAAGUUAUGUAUGCUGGAAUCACUUAAACAAAUAAAAUUUGUAAGUGUCCA